UAAGUAUGUGAAUACUGUUUGAAUACAUAUGUUAAAUUUAGACUGAUUAAGAUAUUGCUGUAGUCAGUAAUCUCACACAUCACUAUUAUAUAAGGUCCCCAUUUCACCAGCCUCUAGAAAGAAGGCAUAGCAAGAUAAGGUAAUAUUUAUUGUUGAGUAUUUGCUGAUGAAUAGCCUUAAUUCAGUAGAUCCCAAUAUUGCUCUGCAGUCUCAGCAUUAAAUCUCCGUUAAAAAAAACUGCUAAUGAAUAUAUAUAUAUGUGUGUGUGUGUGUGUGUGUGUGUGUGUGUGUGUGUGUGUGUGUGUCCUGCUCAAUGUAUAUGCACAGUUUAUUAUACUUAAAAUUCGACUAUUUUCGAUGCACACCCACACAAUAUUAUGGGAUAAUAUCGAAAUCGAAAGUGAAAGCGCAGUUAGAAAGGGGCUUGUGGGAGGACACUGUUUAAAGGAAGCACCAGAGAACUGCGAGACAGCGGCUUAUGAUCCGAAGGUCUUGCACAUUACCAGAAAACAGCUUACUACCCCCAUUGAAAAAUAAGGUGGAUACAAGACCAAGGUAGACAAGAUGGCAUCUGUUCCAGAGCAUCUUUUGGAAGUAGUGGAUGAGUUGGAUAAAAACAAACCAAAGAGACUAAAAAGUGCAGUCACGGCUGAUGAAGUGGAGAAGGCAGAUGGAAAGGAUGGGUCAAUACAGACGAUCCGCCCCUCUCAAACAUCAGUCAGUGUUGAUUUGAAUGCUAAAGCAGGUGCAACUGUAAACGCUCCUGUACUCACUGGAAAUGUCAUUCAAGGCCCAGUAAUCAUCAGCUUCAACCCAGCCACUGGUGCUGUCGGGCCCCAAAAUCCACCUGAAAGACAGAUGUCACAGAAACAAGAGGAUGACAUAUUACAAAAAAUCCUGGAAAGUCACAAAGACCACAUUAAGGCCAAAACGGGACGUGUGUUUGAGGGCAAAAAGGAGAACAAAACACACCUCAGCAAAGUGUACACUGAACUCUUCAUCACUGAAGGGGAUAUUACAGAAGUCUAUGAUGAACAUGAAGUUCUGAAGUUUGACCGAGCCUUGAAAACUCCCAAAUUUGAGGACACACCGAUCGACUGCAAUGACAUAUUCAGUUUACUGAAGCAAAAAGAGGAGGGAAACAUUGUGUUGACCAAAGGCAUCGCUGGCAUUGGAAAGACAUUCUCCGUGCACAAGUUCAUUCUGGAUUGGGCCGAAGGAAAAGCCAAUCGGGAUGUGGACUGUGUGUUUCUGCUGCCAUUCAGAGAGUUGAACUUGAUUAAAGAUGAUAAAGAGAUCAGUCUCCACGAGCUUCUGUUGGAAUUUUAUCCUGAUUUGAAUGACGUAGAAAACACCAAGUUUUAUAAAAAAUGCAAACUGGCAUUUAUCUUUGAUGGACUUGACGAGAGUCGCCUGGAAUUGGAUUUUGAUUGUAAAUUAGUAAAAUGUGUCAAUGCGCGUUCAUCUGUUGAUGUUUUAUUUACAAGCCUAGUUAUAGGCAAACUGCUUCCGUCUGCUUUCAUCUGGGUGACGUCACGACCAGCAGCGGCCAAUCUGAUCCCUCCUGAGUAUGUAGGAUUGUUUACAGAGGUGCGUGGAUUCACCGACCAGCAGAAAGAGGAAUAUUUUAGAAAACGGAUCGUAGAUGAAGCUCAGGCCUCCAAAAUAAUCUCACACAUCAGGAUGUCUCGUAGUCUCUAUAUCAUGUGCCACAUUCCCGUCUUCUGCUGGAUUACGGCUACCGUUCUUCAGGAUAUUCUUGUCAAAAACGAUGGACAGGACAUUCCUUCGACCCUCACCGAAAUGUACAUCCACUUCCUUCUGAUACAGAUGAACAUGAAGAACCAGAAGUAUGAGAAGAAACAGGAAAGAGAUCGCACAAAGCUUUUGAGUUCCAACAAAGACAUGAUCUUCAAGUUGGCUAAACUGGCAUUCGAACAGUUGAAGGAGGAUAAUAUCAUGUUCUAUGAGAAGGAUCUGAAAGCGUGCGGCAUCAAUGAAAGUGAGGAUUCCACAGGAUUGUGCACUGAAAUCUUCAAGAAGGACUCUGUUUUGCACGAGAUGAAGGUGUAUUACUUCAUACAUUUGAGUGUGCAGGAGUUUCUGGCCGCAUUGCACGUGUUCCUCUGCUAUUUGAAGCAGGACAUGGAAGAGCUGAUUUUCUUCCUGGAGAAUUCACGUCCUAAUAAGAAAGAACUGCUGUAUGUUCUGCUGAGGAAGGCGAUCGAUAAAGCGAAAGAGAGUGACCGAGGGCAUUUUGAUCUCUUUUUGCGGUUCUUGCUGGGUAUUUCUCUUGAGUCCAAUCAGAAACUCCUCAUCGGCUUGCUGGACGAAACGCUGAACAGUAAAAACUGCAUCAAUAAAACCAUCCAGUACAUCAAGCAACUGCAAAACAAUGACAAGUGCCCAAAUAAAUCCAUCAACCACUUCUUCUGCAUCCUGGAGCUGCAGGACAGAACCCUGUACCAACAAAUCAUGAAAUAUCUGAGGUCAGAGAACGGCCAGCCGAACGCAGUGUCCAACUCCAACUGCUCAGCGCUGGUCUAUGUGCUUCUGAUGUCAGGUGAGGUGCUGGAUGACUUUGACCCGAAGAUGUUCAACAAAACAUAUGCAGGAUGUAGGAGACUCGUCCCAGCCGUGAGAUGCUGCAGAAAAGCCCUGUUUUCAGACUGUGGAUUGACACAACAGUGCUGUGAAACAGUGGCUGUGGCUCUUCAGCUAGAAGACUGUCCUCUGAGUGAACUGGACCUGAGUCACAAUUACAGCAUCGAGGCGGGGGUGAAGAUGCUUUCUGCUGGACUGAAGAGCCCACACUGUCAUCUGGAGACACUUAGGUUGGCCUGUUGUCAUUUUGGCCAGGAGAGCUGUGUAGAGCUGAUCUCUGCUCUCAAGAAUAUCUCACAUCAUCUAAGAGAGCUCGACCUCAGCGGCAAUGACCUGCAGGACUCUGGGCUCCAUAAGCUCCUAAAUGAGAUGGAAAAUACAGAGAGAAAACUUCAGGUUCUGAGGCUGAGCUGGUGUAACCUAACUUCGAAGAGUUGUGGGCACCUUUCUUUGAUCCUCAGCUCAGAUUUGCCCCUGACAGAGCUGGAUCUAAGUAACAAUGACCUUCAAAAUUCAGGAGUGAAGCUGAUCUCUGAUGGUCUGAAGAGUCCAAACUGUCAGCUGGAGAUACUGAGGUUGUCUGGCUGUAUGGUGACGGAGGAAGGCUGUGGAUAUAUGUCUUCAGCUCUGAGUUCAAACCCCUCAAACCUAAGAGAGCUGGAUCUGAGCUACAAUCACCCAGGACCAUCAGGAGUCCAGCUGCUCAAACACAAACUGGAGGAUCCAGAAUAUAAACUGCAGAUAUUCAAAACUAAGCCUAUGGGUGAACACUUCAUCAAAGCAGGGAUAAGGAAGUAUGCAUGCGAUCUCACGCUGGAUCCAAACACAGCUCAUGUUCAGUUGUGUCUCUCCAAUGGAGACAGAACAGCAGCAUAUGUAAUGCAGAAGCAGCCAUAUCCAGAUCAUCCAGAGAGAUUUGAAUCUGUCCAACAAGUGCUGUCUAGAGAGAGCCUGUCCGGCCGCUGCUACUGGGAGGCCGAAUGGACGGGUCCAGAGGGGACAGUUGGGGUGACCUACAAAAACAUCCUGAGGAAAAGUGAUGAUCUUUGUAUAGUAGAGGCCACCAGUCAGCUUGGAAACAAUAAUGUGUCAUGGAAAAUUACCUUUGCAUAUAUUCCACAUGUUUCUCACGCUGACGAAGACAUUAAUAUAAAGGCUUCAUCCUCCUCUAAAAGAGUGGGUGUGUAUGUGGACACGACGGCUGGCGUUUUGUCCUUCUACAGUGUCUCUGACACACUCACACACUUGUACACCUUCCUCUCGGCUUUUAAAGAUCCUCUCUAUGCAGCAUUCAAGGUGGACAGUGACUCUGUGUCCUUUUGCCAGGUGUAACCUGCAAGCCUCUUUAUCCUAACAUUAAGCACAUUUAUUGCCAUUCAAUUCAAUUCAAUUCAAGUUUAUUUGUAUAGCGCUUUUUACGAUACAAAUCAUUGCAAAGCAACUUUACAGAAAAUUAAGUUUCUACAAUAUUUAUUAGUAGUAGCUUAUCAGUGAUGACUGU